AUGAGUUCAGGGUUGGCCAAUAUCAAAGAAAUGGUGGAUGCAUACAAUGCCAGUGGUUACGAUCUCACAUAUACCGAUGAAAGUAGUGGGAUUACAUAUCUUCCUAUUAUUUCGAGCAAAAGUUGGAACAAUAGCCUCGGAUUUAUCAGCGAUACAUUCAAUGAUUACGAUAGAAAGUCCAAGCGCGAGUUGAAACGAUUACUCAUGGAUCUUCCAUUGGAUAAUCAGGCAAGCAAAAGUUUCCCGCCAUUCUAUCAUGAUACAGACCGUGACUCAGAAGAGAUAUGGUCAUGGGUCCAGUGGAGGAAUAUUUGGGAAGAGCAGUACACGAUGUCAUCAUCUCUUGUAUACUGUGCCUUCAAUGAUAAAUCACGGCGACAGGCCUAUAUGAUGUGGGGCCGAUCUCGACUUGAUAGUGCUGGUCUCACAUAUCCUCCGCCUGAUGAUUUUCCAAAUGGCUUUUCGGGGGAAUUUGAGGACGACUUUACAGACUAUGACUCGGAAUAUUCAGACUCCGGCUCCCAAGGCGAAUACUAA